UUAGCAAACACAUUACGGACUGAAAUUUGAGCAAGGCCGAAUUCGAGCAAGGCCGAAUUCCGACAAAAGCAAGGGCCAGAAACCAGAAGCCAUCGAAAUCAGCUUGUGGACUCAGGCACAAGUGGUCCUAAUCUAGUGUAUAUCAGGCCCAUUUAAAAUGAAAAUAUUUAAAUUGAGGUUAAUAUCGCCAGAUCCCGCGAUUUCCCUCCCGUCCGAAAUUUUCGAGCGCCAAAGUUUGGGCUGACGUUGAAGAAAUUCAAAUUUUUAAUCCAAAACUUUCAGACGCAUCUUCUUCAAGUUCAAAACCCAUAUCCUAUCUGCCAAAAACACUUUCCCUCUUCAGACCAGAAAACUCGAGGUGGCCACAAGCCGCCUAAAAACUCCAAGUUCAAACUCAUAGAGCGCCUUUCUCGAGCCGGGUUCAACUCAAUUUGAUUUUCUUCAGAAUUGUAAAUUCUUGCAGCAAGAUUUGGGGUUUGUUUUUUCUUUCUUAGUCUGAGGUGAAGAAAAUAUGGUCAGAGAGAAAAGCUUAGAUUCGUUUUACAGUCGGCUUCGUGAAUCUGCUUUAGCUUCAGCUUCCUCUACUCCUUUGCUCAUUUUCCCUUCAACUUCUGAUGUGGAUUCCCUGUGUGCUCUAAAAAUAAUUGGCCACGUUCUUGAGCUUGAUUCUGUUAGAUAUGCGUGUUACCCUGUUUCCAGCUUUAAGGAAAUCCACAAGUAUGCUGGCCCCAGUUUGUGUGCAUCUUCUGAUGCACCCAUUACCAUUUUGUUAAUAAAUUGGGGUUGUCAUAGGGAUCUGAGAAAGGUAUUAGAAAUUGGUCCCUCUGCUAAGGUAUUUGUUGUGGAUAGUCAUAGGCCAAUCCAUUUGCAUAAUUUAAGCACCAAGAAUGAUCGGGUGGUGGUGCUCUACACAGAGGAUGAUGAGCAUCAGGCUGACUUAGCUUAUGAUUUUGAUGUUUCUGAAUUGGCUAAUGCGGGUGAUAUGGAAAGUGAUGAUGAAUUUGAGGAUGAUUCAGAUAGUGAGGAUGAUAGCGGGAGUGAUGAGGAAGAUGGUGGCGGGGGUCUCGGGACUCGAAAGAGGAGGAGGCUUUCAGAUGAGAGUGAUCCUGCUAAGAUUUUCAGAAGAUUGAAGAAAGAAUAUUACCUGAUGGGUACGUUCCAUGGGAAGCCAUCUGGUUGUUUGAUGUAUGAUCUGUCUCAUUCUCUCAGGAAAAACACGAAUCAGUUGCUUUGGUUGGCUUGUGUGGCUUUAACUGAUCAGUUUGUUCAUGAGAGAUUGACAGAUGAGAGGUACCAAGCCGGAGUGAUGGAGCUUGAGCAGCAUAUUAAUAGCUCGGGUAAUUUGGAUACGAUUACUUCAGUUACCCUCAAGGAUGGUACAAAGGUUACUGCACCUGACACUUCUAGAAUUGCAUAUGAGGAUGAGCCGAGGCUGAUGUUGUUACAAGAAUGGAACUUGUUUGAUUCAAUGUUGUGUUCAUCAUAUGUUGCAACAAAAUUGAAGACUUGGAGCGACAAUGGCAUCAAGAAGAUGCAACUUCUUUUAGCUCGAAUGGGGUUUGCCCGGGAAGAGUGCAAACAGAAGUUCCAGUACAUGAGUGUUGAAAUCAAGAGGAGAAUGAAGGAUAUGUUUGAGCAGUAUCUUCCUGAGUUUGGUCUCACUGAUUUUUAUUAUAGAGGUUUUUUGCUAUUGCAUGGGUAUAGUUCAAAGGUUUCUGCUGCAGAUGUAGUUCAUGGGGUUACUGCCCUUUUGGAGUCACAUGUUGCGUCGGAUGGCUCUUCUUCAUCCAGACAGUUUGGAAUAGCGUAUGAUGCACUGUCCUUGAACAAACUUGAGAAGCUGGAAGCUGGAAUGAAACAAGCUAUCAAGGUGCAAAGGUCGAUUCUCAGACAAGGUAGCUCAGCAAUAACCAAGAAAGGCUCUAUAAGGAGUGGGAGUAAAUUCAGGUGGGUGAAGCUAGAAGAUUCAGCUGAUACAAAGGUUUUAUGCCAUCCUCAGGCCUUGACCAAAUUUGGUUACUUCCUGAUGGAUGCCUUACGAGAGAAGGGUGCAAGAAUGAAGCCAUUGAUCUGUGUAUGCUACACUCAAGAACGAGAUAAAGUGUUGAUGGUUGGGCUUUGUGGGAAGCCACGGCUGGGUGCAGUUCAGGGAAAUGCAUUUGGAAUUGCUUUCAGAAGUGCAGCCGAGGAAACAGGAAGAGAAUAUUUUCAUGAGCUAUUUGAAUCCUCAUGGAUAGUGUUAGAUUCUGAAUCCGUGAAUUCGUUUAUGAUCAGGUUAACAGAGAAGCUUCUAUAGUAGACAUAGCUCGACAACUUUUCCUUGUAAGUUUAAAUUGUGACUGUUUGUAACUGAAUUUUUUGACACCAAAUGUCUUUUCUUUAAGUUUAACUUGUUAGAGACCAUAAAUGAAGAAACCUUCAUUUUAUGCACUAUUGUAUAAUCUAUAUUUCUGUAACAGCUAGAUUCUUCUCUUCCAUU